AGGCUCGCAAGUCGAGGGCAGAUUCUAAUCUCAGUGCAGAUUGCCUCAAAUCGCAAAGAAAGUGGCAAACCACUGAGAGGUUUGGCCAUUGGAAAAAAAAAUUAUAGGUUUCUUCUUUUAACCGCUUCUUUGUCAAAGACGGUCCUGCUACAGAAAAAAGUCAUUUAAUUAAUGGUUAAAUUAAGUAAUCAAUUCGGCCUAAGUGUCUCCAGUGCUCGGGAUAUAGAUAGAGGCAAUCAGAAGAUAAAUGCAUACUGCUGAUGUAUGGUAAUGUUCAAUAAUACAUUCUCCAGCAGUCAGCUCUAUUCAUCAGAGAAUUUCUCCAGGGUAAGACAUUUGUUAUUGGUUGUCUGCGGACCUCAAGGAUAACAUUUCUGUCCUUUUGAUUGGCUGUGCCUUUGCUGCAAGAUUCCCGGCGUCUAAUUUUGACAGGGACUAUAAAACCAAAUCGCGGAGUAGUGUGAUAGUCUGUUUCAAAUCUGCAGUACUUUCAACCGCGCCGAGUAGACUCGGACUGAGCUUUUUAUUUUGUCAUUAUUAUCAUUAUUAUUUUCUUCAUCCCGAUCCCUCGCUGCCCAGGAGCCGUGCUUCCUCCUCCGCUCUUCUCUGGCUUGUCAUUCUGUCGCUCAAGGGCUGCGACUCGCACUGUGGUUGAGAGACGGAGCUCACUGUUGACUUUUCCACCGGAGUGUUCAGUCAAGGAAAGUUGUAAUGCUCUUUUUCACACAAUGUUUUGGUAUCUUCACGGAUCUCGUUCAUUUACGAUGUCGACAUCCCAUAAAGAGUAACAGAUGUACAUUCUCCGGGGCCGGACCUGUCGUGUGCGUCGUAAACCCAGCAAGUCCUCACGGGGAUUCAUCACUUAGAAGAUGUUCCAGUUUGAGUUUGAGAACAGGACAAGUGGAGGCCAAGUUUCCCAGAGGCCUCCCCAACAGACCCUGCAGCUGUCCUUUACAUUCCUGUGACUGGGAAGGAGACUCAGAGGUGGUUGGGGUUCAUCUCAAAGAAAUACAUCAGGUCACUACUCUCCAAGGACAGCAUUUUGUUUUUCUGGCAGCUGAUAUGAAUCUCCCAGAAGCAGAGGAUUGGUUGACAUUACAGUGCUGCCUUGGUGAGGAGUUUCUCCUAGUGCUGAAGAAGCAGGAGAAGCGAGAAGGGUUCCAACAGUACUUUGCAGUUGUCAUGUUGCUGGGGCCAGACAGUGCAGCAGAGAAGUUCACUUACAGGCUGGAGCUGAGUCGUGAUCGGCGACGCUUAAGCUGGGAGUCCACAGUUAGGUCCAUCUCUGAGGGCAUCAACACUGUGAUAGCUGAGAGUGACUGUCUAGUACUCAGUGAACCCCUUGCACGCAUCUUCUCGGACAAUGGCAAACUGGGAAUCAUUAUUUCAAUAUCAGCAACGAAACAGUCAUGAAACUGGGUAUGAAUCACUAGAAUUCUGUGCCUGCCAGUGGCGCUCCUAAGUGGCAAAUCACAGUUUCUCUGACAAUGCUUUGCUUUGUGGGCACCUUUAAGAAAGAUGUGGAAGCUACAGGGAGCCUAACUUCUGAGCCUUAUUGCAACUGUCAAACCAGAAAAUAUUAGCAGGACCUUUAAUGACAAAUUUACACUUGAAUCUGUUGUAUUGUGCCAAUCAGACAUAACUUUGGAGCUAAACUCAGACUGUGGAAGGAUCCACUUUUUAUUUUAUUUUAUAAUGUCUCCUCAUAAAUCACUGUUUUUUAAGAAAUGUAAGAUGAUCAAUUACAAUGGAGAGCUUUAUAUGUACCUUUCUUUCUUUCUUUC